UUUCCACAGUGGUACCAAGAAAGAGAUAAGUGCUGAUAAAAGAAUGAUGUGGUUAGCUUUUUCAAUGGAGAUAUAAAGAAGAUCAUGCCAGAUCAGAGUGAUUUAUUAUUAUGCAGAUGCGCAGACAACCGUUAUCCAAAUGGCCUGGAGGUGCUGCAGUGCUCCUAAUAAUCAGAUAGAAAAACAUCAUCCUGAUGGCACACAAGAAAUUAUAUUCCCAGAUCAGACAGUGAAAUGCCUCUAUAGUGGUGGACUCGAGGAAACUUUUUUCCCAGAUGUUAUAGUAGUAAAAGUAGAAAAGAAUGGAGAUAAAAUAAUGGUAUUCAGUAAUCGUCAGAAGGAGAUCCACACUGCACAGUUUAAGAGACGAGAGUACCCAGAUGACACUGCAAAGACUGUCUACUCCAAUGGCAGACAGGAAACCAGGUAUGCUUCUGGACAUGUUCAAAUCAAAGAUAAGAAGGGCAAUAUUAUUCUAGAGAAGUGA